GAGAGAGAGAGAGAGAGAGAGAGAGUGUGUGUGUGGGGGGGGGUGUAGUGAACUUCACCGUCCUUUAUACCGCAGAGAAAAGAGAGUUUCAGGUUGAUGUGAGUUUGAAUCCCCUCGUAUUUAGAUUUGUACCCGUUGUGUUAAAGCAGAGACACCAUGCACGCGCUCCUGCGCGCCGUUAUUUUGCUCUGUGUGCUCGGUUCUGUUCCCGGUGCUGUAUUUAACUCCUCGGUGGCCGGUGAGUCCGCGCGCACUUUCCCGGUGCUCACCGUGAACUAUGAGCGCGUGCGUAAACCGUUCGAAGUGUGUCUGUGGAUCCUGUUGGCCUCCUUAAUGAAGCUCGGGUUCCACGUCAUCCCUGGGUUCUCACGGUUUGUCCCUGAGAGCUGUGUGCUGAUCAUGGUUGGUCUGAUAGUUGGAGUUCUCAUUAAGCUCAUGGAUGAAACACUUCCUGUUUUGGACACCGAGCUUUUUUUCCUGUGUCUCCUUCCCCCCAUCAUACUGGAUGCUGGAUAUUUCCUGCCUCUGCGUCUCUUUGGUGAGAACAUGGGCUCCAUCUUGGCCCUGGCAGUGCUGGGAACACUCUGGAACUCUGUAUUUGUUGGGGUAGUGUUAUAUGGAGUGUGUAAAGUGAUCGGGGUCCAGGUGGGGGGCAUCAACCUGCUUUCUUGCCUGCUGUUUGGUUCCAUCUCCUCUGCUGUGGAUCCAGUUGCAGUUCUUGCUGUUUUUGAGGAAAUUCAUAUAAAUGAGCUCCUUCACAUUCUGGUUUUUGGAGAGUCGCUGCUUAAUGAUGCCGUUACCGUGGUAUUGUACCACCUUUUGGAGGAGUUUGCAGGCAGAGACAAAGUGGAGUUCAGUGAUGCACUUCUGGGUGUGCUAAGUUUUCUGGUGGUGGCACUGGGGGGCAUCAUUGUGGGUGUGGUUUAUGGCAUCAUGGCAGCUGUCACCUCUCGCUUCACCACACAUUCACGUGUCAUCGAGCCGCUUUUCGUGUUCCUCUACAGCUACCUGGCAUACCUGUCGUCUGAGGUGUUCCAUCUUUCUGGCAUAGUGGCUCUCAUUGCAUGUGGUGUGGUCAUGCGGCCCUACGUGGAGGCCAAUAUUUCCCACAAGUCCUACAUCACUAUAAAGUAUUUUCUGAAAAUGUGGAGCAGUGUGAGUGAGACUCUCAUCUUCAUCUUCCUUGGCGUUUCCACGGUAGCAGGACUGCACCACUGGAACUUUGUCUUCAUCAUCUCCACCAUCAUCCUCUGCCUCAUCUCCCGUAUACUGGGAGUGGUGGGCCUGAGCUUCAUCAUGAAUAAAUUCCGCAUGGUGAAGUUAACAGGUAAAGACCAGUUCAUCGUGGCCUACGGUGGCCUGCGGGGAGCCAUCGCUUUCUCACUGGCCUUCCUGCUCUCCAGUGAACACUUCCCAAUGAAGAACAUGUUCCUCACUUCCAUCAUCACACUCAUCUUCUUUACAGUCUUUGUUCAGGGAAUGACGAUCCGCCCGCUGGUGGAGCUUCUGGCAGUAAAGAAGAAAGGUCACACCAAGUUUACAAUAAAUGAGGAAAUACACACACAGUUUCUUGACAAUGUGCUGAUAGGAAUCGAGUGUAUCUGUGGUCAUUAUGGACACCUUCACUGGAAAGACAAACUGACCCGGUUUAAUAAGCACUACAUGAGGAAGUGGCUGAUUUCAGGAGACAGGUCUGAGGAACCACAGCUCGUCUCCUUCUAUAAUAAACUGGAGAUUAAACAGGCACUCCAAGUGGCCGAGAGCAGAACUGCAGGCAGGUUAAAACCGUCACUGCCUUCUGCUGCAUCAUUACUGAAUGUUCAGAGUGAGAGGAAGAACAAGAUGAAGAUCACAAAGGAACAAGAGGCAGCAAUACGGAACAUUCUUACAGCAAACCUACAGAAACCACAGCAAAGGAUGCGUUCUUACAGUAGACACACACUGCUGCUGGAGGAAGAAAAGGUGGAGUGGCGUGAGGUUUGGCUUCACAGACAGAGGGCACAGAUGGAGCGGAGGAUGAGUCACUAUUUGACUGUCCCAGCUAAAAGGAUCUCCCCCCUGAUGAGGAGAGCAAACCACAUCUUCAAUGAACCGAGCAGGACUGCAGUCGAUGACAUCACCAUCAGAACAGAGCUGUGCUCCACUUCUACAGACUCGCUGAACCUACUGAAUGAGACAAAACCGAGACCAGACGACAGAAACAAAACCCAAGACGGAGUCGAGAAAACCUUCGUCAACAAAAUCAAAGAUUCAUUAAAGAAGAAAAGAGACGAGUCUCAGACGGAGUCAGACUGUAAGGUCCAAGAUGGCUGCCUUGAAGGAACAGACCGAAAGCUGAGUGUAACGUUUGGUCUGGAUGUCGAGGUGCAGAAACCUCCUCAAAAUAUAACCAACCAGGAAGUGAGCAACAUUGAGGAGGAAGAUGAGGAUGACUAUGAUUCUUGUCAUGUGUGCAUUGCUCCAGGAGUCAAGGAACACAAAACAUAAUGUUCUGAUGAGAAUAACUACAUCUGAGAGUGCUGUGUGUGUUUGUGUGUGUGUGUGUGUGUGUGUGUGUGUGUAUGCGUGUGCGUGUGUGUAUGCGUGUGUGUGUGCGUGUGUGUAUGCGUGUGUGUGUGCGUGCGUGUAUGCGUGUGUGUGUGUGUGUGUGUGUGUGUGUGUGUGUGUGUGUGUAUGCGCGUGUGUGUGUGUGUGUGAGUGCGUGCGUGUGUGUGUGAAUGAAUAGAAUAUGUAACAAUAAUAUAAUAUAUAGAAAAUCAUGUAUCAAAUAAAAUAAAAGAGUUUGAGAUUUUACUCAUUUUCAUACUAAAUGUUUAGAGAAGUAAAAACUCUGUGAUCAACUACACGGAAACAUUCAGCUCACUAAUUGGCCUCUAAUGGUGUGUGUUCUGCCCUCAGGAGAGGUCAUGACUCAGAAUGAUACUGUGUGUGUUUGUGUGUGUAUUUGUGUGUGUUCUAAUGACACUGUACCCAAAGGAUGUGAUUAAAAUGAAAACAACAAACA